CACUUCCGGGGGGCGGCUCCCGGGACGCUGAUUGGUGGUUGCGCCGCUCGCCGUCGGCCCCUUCCUGCCAUGCGUACGCACCGGCCCCGCAGAGCCGUAGCAUGGCGGACCCAGAGGCGGUGGGCUUCGAGCACAUGGGCCUCGACCCACGGCUGCUGCAGGCCGUCGCCGACCUGGGCUGGUCGCGACCCACGCUGAUCCAGGAGAAGGCCAUCCCGCUGGCCCUGGAGGGGAAGGACCUGCUGGCCCGGGCGCGCACCGGCUCGGGGAAGACGGCCGCCUACGCCAUUCCUGCGCUGCAGCUGCUGCUCCAGCGGAAGGCGACAGGCUUUGCGGUGGAGCAGGCUGUAAGAGGGCUUGUCCUGGUGCCCACCAAAGAGCUGGCACGGCAGGCCCGAUCCAUGAUUCAGCAGCUGGCUUCCUACUGCGCUCGAGACAUCCGGGUGGCUGAUGUCUCAGCUGCUGAAGACUCAGCCUCUCAGCGAGCUGUGCUGAUGGAGAAGCCUGACAUCGUGGUGGGGACCCCGUCUCGCAUUUUAAACCACCUGCAGCAGGAUAGUUUGGUCCUGCGAGACUCCCUGGAGCUGCUGGUGCUGGACGAGGCUGACCUUCUUUUCUCCUUUGGCUUUGAGGAAGAACUCAAAGGUCUUCUUUGUCACUUGCCUCGGAUUUACCAGGCUUUUUUGAUGUCAGCUACUUUUAACGAGGAUGUGCAAGCACUCAAGGAGCUGGUGCUUCAUAAUCCGGUCACUCUCAAGCUGCAGGAGUCCCAGCUGCCCGGGCCAGACCAGUUGCGGCAGUUCCAGGUGGUCUGCGAGACAGAGGAAGACAAGUUCCUGUUGCUGUACGCCUUGCUCAAGCUGUCGUUGAUUCGUGGCAAGUGCCUGCUCUUUGUCAACACCCUGGAGCGGAGCUAUCGGUUGCGCCUCUUCCUGGAGCAGUUCAGCAUCCCGGCGUGCGUGCUCAACGGAGAGCUCCCACUGUGUUCCAGGUGCCACAUUAUUUCACAGUUCAACCAGGGUUUCUAUGACUGUGUCAUAGCGACUGAUGCUGAAGUCCUGGGAUCCCUAGUCAAGGGCAGGCGUCGGGGCCGAGGAUCCCGGGGGACCAGGGCCUCUGAUCCGGAGGCAGGCGUGGCCCGGGGCAUAGACUUCCACCAUGUGUCUUCUGUGCUCAACUUUGACCUGCCUCCCACCCCUGAGGCCUACAUUCAUCGAGCUGGCAGGACGGCACGUGCCAACAACCCUGGCAUGGUUUUGACCUUCGUGCUACCAACUGAGCAGUCCCACCUGGACACGAUCGAGGAGCUUCUUAGUGGAGAGAACAGAGCCCCCGUCCUGCUUCCCUACCAGUUCCGCAUGGAGGAGAUUGAGGGUUUCCGCUAUCGCUGCCGGGAUGCCAUGCGCUCAGUGACCAAACAGGCCAUUCGAGAGGCGAGGUUGAAGGAGAUCAAGGAGGAGCUUCUCCACUCAGAGAGGCUCAAGACGUACUUUGAGGACAACCCCCGGGACCUGCAGUUGCUGCGGCAUGACCUGCCCUUGCACCCUGCCAUAGUGAAGCCUCACCUGGGCCACGUCCCUGACUACCUGGUUCCUCCUGCUCUGCGUGGUCUCGUCCGCCCUCACAAGAAGCGGAAGAAACUGGCCUCUAAGAAGGUCAAGAAAGCCAAGACCCAGAAUCCCCUGCGCAGCUUCAGGCACAGAAAAGAGAGACGCAGACCCACAGCCGUGCCUUCCUGAAGUCAUCUGGGCAGCCUCACUGUGUCCCAGGCCCUUUCCAGGGCUGAGCGCUGUGCGGGGUGCGGACACUGGCUUCCCACCCUGGCCGGACUGGAUUCUGGGGCCGACCUGUGGUGCUGCUAGGCUGGCCUUCUGCUUCCUAAUGGACUAGAUUCCAGCCAUCCUGCCUUGUGCUUCCUGCAAGUAGAAAGGGAUGUCUGUCCCUGGAGAUCUAGGGAAUUAAACUGCUUCUGGGA